CUGGUUUUGUAAGAGUACUGACGGUGAAGAAUCAUACAUCUGAACUUAUAUACUUAUAUCUGUUAUAUACAGUUUUAAAGUGACACUGAACUGUGAUGUACAAGUUCAAAGAUGCUUCAAAGAUUUCAAAAUCUUUUAAAGAAGUCGUAUAACAGUAAUGCAGGCAUGGUGUGAAGUCCAGGGUGCAGACCUGAAGACAAAUCUUCGCUCCAUGGUGUUGGACUAUUAUUUGAACCAUGGCUUACCUGGCCCAUUCAGCCCACUUCCAAUUCGUGGGUCUGGUGCUUGGCUUUGUAGGAUGGAUAAUCACAGCGUGCAUUUCAGGAGUGAAUGACUGGAGAAUAUGGUACGUGGAUGAUAAGUCUACCAUCACUGGAGGAUUGGCCUGGGUUGGUGUGUGGAGAGCCUGUUUCAACAGCCAUGUUUUGGGCUCCUCUGAAUUCUGCAAAAGUAUCAGCCUUACAGACUCCUUUACUCCUCCAGAGAUAGCAGCUGCCCAGAUACUCUGCAUGACUGCUAUUGGCGUGGGUGUGGUCGCAAACCUGCUGGCUGGAUAUGCGGUGAGAAACGCAUACUUUGGGUUUGACGAUGGACACGUGAGACUGGCCUUUGUGGUGGCAGGUUCCUUGUACUGGCUUACUGCAGCGUGUUCAUUGGUUCCUGUCCUCUGGAAUAUGAGUUCUGUGCUGGCUAAUCUUACUAUAGACUUCCCAACAGACUUCUACCUGCCUCCCGCUCCAUUAAAACAGGAAAUUGGUCCAGGGAUUGGCUUUGGGAUUGGAUCCUCAGUCAUGCUUAUUAUAAGUGGCCUACUCUUAUUGUGCUUCAAGCAUCCAGGCAAAACCAAAAGGCAUAAGAGUGGAACAACUGAACAUUUUAAUAACACAAAAAUCAGGGCUGAAUGCUCUUUGAGUACAAUUAAAGAGUUUAAAGAUGAGGGUAGGAUCAACCCAGCCUUUGAGGCAGAGUAAAAUAUUUAGCAACAUCACUUUACUGGAAUGACUCUAAAGGUGUAAAACGCAAAUCCUGAGGAACUUUGUUGAACUCUUGCACAGUAUUGACCUUUAAAGUUCCUGUGAACAUGAAGUCGCAAUCGACUUUACUUCCAUAUUGUGACAUAUUUCCGAGUGAAAUGGAAAAUAGUGGGCAGGUUUGUGUAUUCCACUGUGAAUUGAUUGGACAUAACCUAGUAAAGAAAGCAUUUCAUUCAGAAAUGGAACUUGCAGCAGACUAAAAGUUGGAGGGGCGGGGUUACCAGAUGCUCCACCUAAGCCGUCUAGCUGACAUCGUCAGGGAAGGAUCGCCAUAAGAAAGCGGAAGUACAUUUUCAGAUUUUGAGGGCACAUGAACUGAUAAAUUGUUUAUAAUGAACACUGCAAUAUUCCAUUAAAAAUAAUAAUUGUCAGUUUUGAUUUCAUGGGAACUUUAAAGCUGAAUAUCUGAAACGCAAUUUAAAUGCUUAAAUUAUGCUUAAAUUAUUUAAAGUACUGACUGAGUUAUAAUAAAGGUCACAGUGUAAAUUUUAAACAAAUGUUUAUUUGUGUAAAAAAUGAUGCCUAAUACAACAUUACCCUUUUAAGUCUGUGUAAUGUGUCAUUUUAAAUGUGUUCUCAAUUUGUCACUCCAAUAGACUGUAAUAAAAGAGAUAAUUUUUGAAGCCAAUAGUAGGCGGUGCCUGCCGUCGCCAUCUUAGCGCACGUCAACACGCAUCACUCGCGGAAAUGUAAAAUGGGUAAAGAAAGAGGCGGGACGUGGCUGAAGCUGAGGUGGCUGGUUGCUAAAACCAUGCCCACCUAGCUCGACUCUAGUGACAGCAGUGGCUGUUCAACCAUCACUCAAGUGGCCACGCCUUAAUUAUGCAGAACUUUAAAGCUUAAUAUAAUUUAAAUGGAUGAGUUAGAAAAAUUUUCAUCCCCCUCACAGUUGUCAUGCAGGGCAAAAUUAGUUAUACAGACCAAAAACACUUUUUGUACCAGGCUGUAAACAUAUUUGAUUCCUCUCUAAAGAUGGGCAUUUUAACAUUGGGGUCUUGACUCCCUUUUGGAGCCAGCCUCUGGUGGCCAGUCCAUAAAUUGCAGUUUUAAUCUUGGCUUCAACAGAGAUCGGAAGGUUGUGGUGUGUCACACCACAUAAUAUGUGUUAUUAACCACCCAGCAAUAUUUGCAUGAUUAAAAACUGCCAUAUUAAUAAAAUAAGUUAUCAAAAUCACGAAAAAACAGCCAUGAAUCUCUUCUUUCAAAUGCUGGGGGCGUGCGUGUCUGCGGUCGUACUGAAACCACGCCCACUGAUGGGAAAGUUGCCGUCAACUUGAAUGGAUGCCCGCGGCCAAAAAAUCCUGAACUCAAAAUUAGUUUAGAAAAAUAAUUUAACGAUCUUACUCCAGUACUUUAGGUCUUAGUUCACAGUCUUUGUAAUGUGUUUCAGUAAUAAUUUUCUUACAUUCAGUUCUCUGAACUUUACACAGACAUAUUAUUGUUUCUCAUAUUGGUUUAUUACAUAAUGUGCAGGACACGUAAUGCUGGUAUAUUAAAUCUGUUAUCACAUACAACAUUGUGUGACUCUUCCAUGAAAUGGCUCAUGCAGUCAAUUCAUCAAAUCGCUAACAAAUAUUUGAAAUGUCACCUUGUUAUUUAUUUAUUGUAGUCAUAACAAACACAUUUUUUUUAUUGCAAUAUACACACUGUGGUUACAUAGUUGCAUAAUCAUCUUUAUAUAGCCUACAGUGGUAGCAUCAUAACUUGGUUAAAGGUAAAUUGCUUAAUUUAGUUAAAAAAAAGGUAUAUUUGGCUUGCAGAUACAAUUAGAUUUAUUGUUUUGGUAACUAAAACUGUGAAAUUUGUAUAUUUGUAAGGACGGCAUUAGUGCUAAAAACAUGUCUAGCUAUAUUUCACCUGCCAUUAAAUGAUAUUAACAAUAAAUGACCCUGGAUUUAGCUGACUACGAGUGGAUCUCUGAGCAGGGAAAAUGUACCUUUGCUUUAUUCUGAGGAAAUAACCCCUGCUAUGAGUGGAAUGAACUUUACUUCUACUCCUCAGCAUGAAAUUUGCCCUUAUUGGCGUGUUUUUUUAACAACCCCUAUGGGUUAAAGAGUGGAACUUGCCAACAUUUAAUCUUGUUAAAAUUGAACAUUCAUUUAGACAAAUCCCAUUGAAUAUUACAUGAUUUUCUUCUGUUAUGAAACCAUGUAAUCCUUCUUAUUAUACGAAAAAAGGAAAUCAUUUCUUGCCAAUUAAAGCUGAUUUUGUUUUCUG